UAGAAGAGGGAGGCCUGGGGGUUCCAGCAAAAAACUGGCGAGAGAAGUCUACUGUCCUCUUUGGUGAAAAACCUGGUCUCGACCCCCACGCGACCGUUGGGGGAAGACCUGACCGGGGACUCCUUCUUCACCGCCUGGGCCACCUUCUUCGACCGGCGAACGGUUCUUAGGACCGAACCGCUCACAUCCGCCGUCCUCGCCGACAUCACGUGUGCAGAAACGGCCGGUCACCGCCGUCCCGGGCCGGAAAACAGCGCCGCUGAACUUGGUCGCCAUGGACCUGGAUCAAGUGCUCCUUGCUUUGGUGGAUGGUACAUGGAGACAACCGGCCGGUGAAACAGUGAUGAAUAUGGCCCUGACCUUCCAGGGUGUGCUCGGUGCCUACCUCAUCCUGGGCAUCGUCAACAAGCAAUUCCUCCAGUCUAUUGUGAACCACUUCUCCUUUUGGUACCACCAACUCCGCAGGUACCAACCGCUGCAACUGCAAGAGCAUGCGAAGGGCAAGUUGGUCGGCAAGCUGCGGAAGAAGAUUGCCCUGUACGCCUUAUCUUUUGCUUUGUGGGCCUUGGGAUUCUUCUUCACCUUGUACCUCAUGAGCAUGUUGGCGCAGAUUGAGCAGCCCAUCAACGAAACCUUGUACGGAGACAUAGUCACGAUUGCGUCAAUGCUGCUCGCAGAGGUGGUGGGUCUCGUGUUGCUCUUCUGGAUGCGGCGUGGCAAAGCCAGCGAUUUCCACAUGGAUCUGGGUAUGGGGCUCAUGUUAAUGUGCAUUGCCGUCACGUGUUCCCCACGAGUCUUGCAUGCACGCCUUAUUCAGAUGGCGGUGAUCAGUGCAGGGAUUGUGAGAAUUUCACUCUUGCCUUUGGCCACGACCUUCCUUUCGGCUGCAUCCUCAAACAUCCUCCUUAGCUUGGCCAUCCGCCUACGGCUGGGCAUGCAGCUGAUGCUGUCGCCAGGCGGAGACAAGCUCGUGGAAUGGUAUGAGCAGCUGGCCAUUUUGGAACUCGUGAUUUUGGUGCUUUGCCUGUGCCUUUGGCAGACGCUCCAGAUGGCUAUGGGGAUGAACGCAGACCUACAGCUCGAAACAGAAGACCUGCGCGCAGAGGGCUCGGCUUGUGCCUCAUUGCUCUCCACCGUGUGCGAUGCGCACUUCUUCUUGGACGCCCAACUCCGCUUCGAGCGCGACGAAAAGCGGGGCUUGUCGUCCAUCUUGGUCGAAACCAAUGCUCCAGCAGGUACACCAUUUGUCAACUUCCUGGCACAAGUCGAGGACAAAGAACGCUUCACCAAUGUGGCCAGACAGGCGAUGUUGGAUCAGUCGACCUUGGCUCAGGUGAUGCAUUGUGGCAUCAGAGAUGGCAUUGGGAAUGUGGUCCCAGUUCAAGUCUUCCACAUCGCGCUCUUUGAUUCCUUUCUUUCUUCAAGACAUUUGGUGGGCUUGCGUGAGUUUGGAGAUGCAAAUCAUUGGGGCGAACGCGAUGAAGUUCCCGAACUCCGAUGGAGCAAAUGGAGUGGCUACUCCCGAAGGGCUUCGGACCAAUCGAGUGACAGCGAGAGUGAUCACUCGAGUUUAGAGUCCAGUUCGAGCAUUGAUUUGGACAAUGACAACAAGGAAUGUCGCCUGGUUUUUGAGCCCAUUGACAUGGAAGUUCUCAGUGCCACGGAGUUUUUGAUUGAGUGCGUUGGGCGGACGGUUGCAGAAGGUUUGACCUUCAUGGACUUGGUUCACAACGACGAGAAGAACAACUGCCGGGCAGAAAUCAUGGAGCAUGUGAAUGAGUUCAUGGCCACCGAUCUGGAAACCACGCAGUUCGUGAUCAGCUUCCAAAUGCUCUUGCGCUUCGGCACCUGCUACACCACGUGGCGAUGUCGCCUCGCAAAGGUUGAGGAGGGACAAAAGCUGGUGUCUCAUGCGCAAAUGAUACGGAUGAAGAAGCCUCGCAAAGGCAGCAAAGCAAGCAGGACCAGCAAAAAGAGCCAAAGGACCACGUCCGACCACGGUGAAGACUCACAUUCCGGCCAGCUACGGCCCACCCUCUACGGCAAAGGGAAAGGAUUGUCAAGCACUCCAAGACGCGAUUCUCUGUAAGAGGAUCCAUCUGCGCAGGGGCGGUUGUGCAGGGGUGGCUGUCGAAGACAGCAUCAACCCAGAGAUUCUCAGAUGCAGUCGUGAACUGAAAAA